AUGGGCACAAGCCCUGCAUGCGUAGGCUCCAUUGGCGCUAUUCCUCGACUAGGUUUUGAGGGAAUAUGCUUCUCUGACGGACCAGCUGGCUACGCUCGAUCAGACUUGGUUAGUGUAUUCGCGUCUGGCAUCACCGUGGCAGCGAGCUGGGACGUUGAUCUUAUGUUCAGCUGCGGUGUGGCUUUGGGGGAGGAAUUCAGAGGAAAGGGUGCCCAUUUUCACCUUGGGCCAUCUUCAGGUCCCAUGGGCUGCCAUGCUGUUGGCGGGCGAAACUGGGAGAGUUUCAGACCUGAUCCAUAUUUGGCUGGCGUGGCUAUGAAUGCCUCUGUCCUGGGCAUCCAGUCCGCGGGUGUUCAAGCAUGCUCUAAGCACUAUAUUGGGAACGAACAAGAGCUUCAGUGCACCUCGACAGUGAGUGAUGAUGGCACCGUUACUGAGGCCAUUUCUUCAAACAUCGACAACCGGACCUUACACGAGCUAUAUGCCUGGCCUUUUGCCAACGCUAUCCAUGCUGGGACCGCCGGUAUUAUGUGCUCCGAUAAUCGAGUCAAUGGGCUCUACGCUUGCGAGAAUUCUGCUACCUUGUCCAUUCUCAAGGAGGAGCUCGACUUUCGUAGAUAUGUCGUGUCAGAUUAG